GAGUGUGUGUGUGUGUGAGAGGGAGAGACGACGUGAGGCGAGAGGAAAAGUCUUUAGUCGGCCUUAAAAGCAAACAAAUCAGAGAUGGAAUAAGAGCGGUAAUUGCUGCAAGACCGCCUUGAUUCUUGCAGUCCAGGGAGCUGAGCGCACCGCGCGCAUCCGGCGAGGACAGGAGGCGACCGCGGGCGCUGCCAAGGGCUGCGGGACUUUGGCUUUUCCUCAGUAAACAAAUCUUUUGAUUACUUUGACACUGUGGAAUAAAGAAGGGGGGAGAAGGAUCAGGCUCACCUUCACCCGCUUCAGGGGGAUUCCAGUUUGGAUGUCAAGAGAUUCCUGAACCCUCUUUGCUAUCGGAGGAGGAAACACAUCCACACACGCGCGCGCACACUCGCACGCUCAGGGCCACACUCACACGCCGCCCUCCACGAUCACACAGCACCAGACUUCGGUUCCCUAUGCCCCUGGAUGGUGACGGCGGAUUGGCAUCUUGGAAGCGAUGCGAGAGCGAUAAGACUGGCGCCGGCCCGCAAAAGCUGCAGGAGCAUCGCUAGGUAUUGCCGCCACCGGGAAGCGGGGCUGCAGGAUGAGUAAGAGAUACUUACAGAAAGCAACAAAAGGAAAACUGCUAAUAAUAAUAUUUAUUGUAACCUUGUGGGGGAAAGUUGUAUCCAGUGCAAACCAUCAUAAAGCUCACCAUGUUAAAACGGGAACUUGUGAGGUGGUGGCACUCCACAGAUGCUGUAAUAAGAACAAGAUAGAAGAACGGUCACAAACAGUCAAGUGCUCCUGCUUCCCCGGGCAGGUGGCAGGCACCACGCGAGCUGCUCCAUCAUGUGUGGAUGCUUCAAUAGUGGAACAGAAAUGGUGGUGCCAUAUGCAGCCAUGUCUAGAGGGAGAAGAAUGUAAAGUUCUUCCGGAUCGGAAAGGAUGGAGCUGUUCCUCUGGGAAUAAAGUCAAAACAACUAGGGUAACCCAUUAACCCAGGAGAAAUCAAGUGAUCCUCAAGGCUGAUGACAUUGAACAUGCGCAUAGAAACUUAACUCCUGAGGUGAUCUUGAAGAUUUUUAUACCAGUUGAAAGAGGCGCUCAAUAGUCUAUUUCCAAGGGAUUUCAUGGCCUCUUCUUGAAAUCAAGACUUUUUAAAAGUCAGACAUGAACUUCCAUGUCAUGAAGGUUUCAGCAGAUUUGAACUGUGUUCAACUUGUAAAUUGUUAAAAGAAUUUGAAGUCACUGUCUGCGGAGCUGGUGAAGAGUUGUUUUUUUCAGGGUGAUGUUAGAGACAGUCACCUUUUGAGUUAUUGGCUCCAGAUGUGACUACUUUUCUUGUUUCUGCAAGCUGUAUCGCAAGUGCACUGUCCUUCUGUCCUGGAUGUGUUCCUGGGUCCUAUGUUCAUUUGCUAGUGGGACUACACAUGGCUUUAAUGACAUUUCCUUUGAGAACUUUUCCUCUGGCAUGGUGUAGACUGAGACAAUUUUAUUUAUAUCCUAAUCUUGGAGCUCGGAAAGCCUACAUGUUUUAACAUCUUAAAGUUGCUUUUGUUAAAGGAAUGGAAAUAUAUAUCCAUUGGUAAUAAUGUUGGCAAGUAAUAGUUAUCUGAAUAAAUCAAUCAUAUAAGAAUGUAUAGACAAGCUGACAUAUUUCCCUAAGGCUAACAACACCCUGCUGAAGCUCUUUGUCAAAUAGGUAGUAGUUAGAACUGGAUUGCCAUUUUCAUUAUAUAAUACUUUGUACCUCUAGAGCACUCUCCCUUUCUGUUUUUUUUUAAGUGAGCUUUUCUUUAAUUUUUCAUGUUUACUUAUUCCCUUCACAGAAAUCAGCAAUGAGCAGUCAAGUUAAUGGGUAGCCUUCAGUUUCAAAAAAAUUGACAGGGAUGCAUGUGAGUUUCUGAUUUCUUAGCUUGAACAUUAUUCACUUAGAUUUCUUCCAGUAUUUUUUAAAAAACUGUCCUAUCUCAUUUUAAAAGACUUUCUUUUGCUUGAUCCCAAUGACUGUUUGAAUGCUUAUAUAUUUGUUCAAUCUGUUGAUAGAAAAAAUUGUUCAUUUUCCUCAGUCUCAAAUUUAUAAAUAUUUGCUUACAGUUUUCCUAUUCAAACAAUUUGUUAGGCCAAUAUUUUGUGACAUUUUUGUAGCGAUUUUAACGUUUAUGGUUUUGGUUCUACAGGAAAGUAUGUCAUAAAUAUUUAAAGGCCUUAAACAUGUAUGUACUUUUUUUUUCUAAGUUAUAGAAUGUAUAAUUUUGUACUACAUUUAUUUUGUUUCAUUUGUGAUAUGAAGGGAGAGAAGAAAGAAAAGUGCAUAGCCAUUCUGUAACAAUAUUGUGUAAACCUAUAGGAAUGCAAGGAAUGCAAGGAGAAGGAUUUCUGUGUUUUACUCAUUUUAGACUGUUCAGAAGAUGCUUCAAAAAUUGUCCUGUUAGAAUUUCCAUCAUGGAAGGUGGUAUGGAAGAAGGUGUGGAAAUACUUUGUAUUCUAAAAACUCACUGACGUGGUCAGUUAGACAUACGUUGGUUUCCAGGAUGGAGGCCCAUAUAUCCUGGGGAGCUUUGGUCUAUUAGUUUGUGACAAUAUUCAAAGGCCAAAACACUACUCAGACACUUUCCUGGGAAGAGCAACUAAAAAUGUAAAAUUGGUUAAAAAUAAAAUCUGAAAAGUAUGUAUCUCACAUUGAACUAAAAUCCACUGUCUCAUAAGUUCAUGGAAUGAAAUGGCUUUCUGCCUCCAUUUUAAUCAUACAUAAAAUGAAUUAGAUGGCUUUGAGUGGAUUUUCACAAUGGCUCAAGACUAUAUGAAAUUAUUAAAAAAAAGUUGCCCUGGGGUUUCUGCAUCAAUUAGAAUAUCAUUAAUUUCUUUGUAACCAAGUGAAAAACUAUGCUUUUUGGAAAUUAUGAAUUUGUCCUAGGUUUGUUUGAGAUUUGAAAUUAUACAUCAUACUUCUCAUGUUUUAAACAUGUUCUUUAAAUCAACACUGGAAACUCUGUAUUAUAUACAAGUGUAAUACAUGCAUAUAAUAGAAAAAAAACAUGGAAUUUCAAAUAUACUAACUAGAUUAUCCCCAGUAGAUUAAUGUUGUGACUAUUCAGAAAAGGUGAAUAAAAUUGGGAUAUAAAAUGGA